AUGAUUUCCAUAAUAGCGAACUUGAAACAAUUAAAUAUUGUUUGGAGGGAUGAGUUCGAGGGACAGGCCUUAGAUCGGGACAAAUGGGAUGUCGACAACGAAUUUGUUAAAACCAAUUGCAAAGGCAAUUGGAUGCACCAAUUGCACUGUAACCUGGAUCAUCCCAAAAAUCUACAGUCAACGCACGGAUGUUUAGCCAUUACAGCCGCUCGUGAGACCAAUCCUUACAUUUUGUCCAAUAAUAAGAAUUUUAGUUCAGCGAUGAUUACGUCAAAAAAGGGAUGGCCUUACGGCCGGAUCGAGAUUAGGGCCGUCCUUCCCAACGGGAAAAUGUUGAGACCGGUCUUUAUUAUGAUUCACGCUGCCGGACAGACCAAAUGGGCACUCGAUGGCCAGAUAGAUGUUAUGACAAAUAUCCAGGACUCUAGCCUGUAUGCCGGUGCCCAUUACGGGUUACUCAAAAAUUACAAGUACACCGGCGCUGAAUACAACGCCGUAUGCGCAAACCUACAGGAAUUUCAUACCUAUGCCGUUGAGUGGAAUGAAACACAUAUUCAAUGGUUUUUCGGUGACAACAAACAUUCAGAAGAUUUUGAUAUCAAUAAGACGUUAACCACUAAUUAUACCAAAAAAGGACAGCCGUUUGACAAAGCAUUUAAGUUGACCCUAUCGUUAGGUGUGGGCGGGGAUGCCGAUUAUCUGUUCCCGGGAAUGUCACUCACGGAGAGAGAUUACAUGUCAUGGAAGUGUUCGGCGAUUAUCAUCGAUUAUGUCCGCGUCUAUGAGUGGGUCGACAACCAUACUGUCCACUCGGGUCAUAUUAGCAGUGUAGGUGACCGCACAUCCAGUGUCGAUAUAUGCGAGUCUGUCAUGUCGUACAUACGAUCGCCUAAUCAUACGGACGGCGACAGUCACACAACUCCGGAACCAAUUGAACCCACGUUUACACUGACGCUCACGUCUAUUGUGUCAAUCGUGAAACCAAGCAAUUGGAUGCACCAAUUGCACUGUAACCUGGAUCAUCCUAAAAAUCUACAGUCAACGCACGGAUGUUUAGCCAUUACAGCCGCUCGUGAGACCAAUCCUUACAUUUUGUCCAAUAAUAAAAAUUUUAGUUCAGCGAUGAUUACGUCAAAAAAGGGAUGGUCUUACGGCCGGUUCGAGAUUAGGGCCGUCCUUCCAAACGGGAAAAUGUUGAGACCGGCCUUUAUUAUGAUUCCCACUGCCGAACAGACUAAUUGGCCACUCGAUGGCCAGAUAGAUGUUAUGACAAAUAUCCAGGGCUCUAGCCUGUAUGCCGGUGCCCAUUACGGGUUAAGCCAAAAUUACGGGUACAUCGGCGCUGAAUAUAACGCCAUAUCCGCAAACCUACAGGACUUUCAUACCUAUGCCGUCGAGUGGAAUGAAACACAUAUUCAAUGGUUUUUCGAUGACAACAAAUAUUCUGAAGAUUUUGAUAUCAAUAAGAUGUUAACCACUGAUUAUACCAAAAAUGGACAGCCGUUUGACAAAGCAUUUAAGUUUAUCUUAUCGUUAGGUGUGGGUGGGGAUGCCGAUUAUCUGUUCCCGGGAAUGACACUCACGGAGAGUGAUUACAUGUCAUGGAAGUGUUCGGCGAUUAUCAUCGAUUAUGUCCGCGUCUACGAGUGGGUCGAUAUCCAUACUGUCCACUCGGGUCAUAUUAGCAGUGUAGGUGACCGCACAUCCAGUGCCGAUAUAUGCGAGUCUGUCAUGUCGUACAUACGAUCGCCUAAUCAUACGGACGGCGACAGUCACACAACUCCCGGACCAAUUGAACCCACGUUUACACUGACGCUCACGUCUAGUGUGUCAAUCGUGAAACCAAAUUUAUGGAUGAGUUGUGAGUCGAAAGCCUUUUACUAA